GCACAGGGUGACUACUACAGGUACAUGGCAGAAAUCAACGAUGACAUGGACCGCACAAGAGCCACCACUGCCGCCAAAGCAGCGUAUGAGGAUGGCACCAAAGUGGCCGAGACCUCACUGAAGGUGACAAGCCCUUUUCGUUUAGGACUCGCUUUGAAUCAUGCCGUGUUUUACUACGAGGUGAUGAAUGCUCCAACAGAAGCUGUGCGGAUCGGCCGAAAGGCCUUUGAGGAUGCAGUCCGAGAGAUAGACAAUCUUGGAGAAGAAGGGGCAAAGGAGUCUGCGUUGGUGAUGCAGCUGCUCCGAGACAACAUCACUCUGUGGACAUCAGAUCCCAGCUGAUGACUCAACAUGUUUCACCGCUGUGCUGAGCCUCGAUGCUCUUGCUUCACAUAUCUCAGAAGUCC